AGGCCGCGGGGUUUGGUUGCACACAGGCUGCAGUUUCAGUUUGUUUUAUUCACCAUUUUGAGUAGCUGAAGGUAAAAAAAUUAAGAAUAUUUGCGUGUGGAGGACAAGUCGCUGCCGUACUUUUGUUUUCACGCGCUAGCUCGGACGGUGGAGUUGUGCGUCAACCUCGCUCCCCUCGGUGUUUUGCAAGAGCGGGAAUCUAUAUUUCUUUUUUCCCCCCUGUGCUUUUUCUUCUCCCCCCUUUCUUACAUCCUUAACCUCUACAGUAUUCCUGCAAAAUGUCAAGACCAGUGAGGAACAGGAAAGUGGUGAACUACUCACAAUUCAACGAGUCUGACGAUGCAGAUGAGGAGUAUGGCGACAGUAAGCCUAAGAAGGUGCGCACAGCCCCUCGUGAGCCCAAGCACAAGCGCUCAAAGAACUCACAGGAUGACAGUGAGGAGUCCGAUGACAAGCUCUCUAAAUCCAAAAAUGAUUCAGCAGAUGACUUUGGCAGCGAUGAUGAAGACAAUGACUUUGGAGAGGAGGACGAUGAAGAUGGAGGAAGCGAUUAUGAAGAAAAAAGAGGGAAAAAGGCAAAGAAAGCCAAGGUGGAGAAGCCCAGCAAGAGGGGGCCGAAGAGAAAACGGGCUGCAGAUGACAGCGAUGAUGAAAAAGAAGUGAGUCGAAAGCGUACGGUGCGCCAGGCGGCCUCUAAGGCCGUGUCCAAACAGAGGGAGAUCCUGCUGGGCGAUGGAGGCAGCGAGGAUGAGGAGCACGAAGACCAAGAGGAACCCUAUCUGGACCCCGACGAGUCCGGCAGCGAUGAGGACUUCAUGGUGGAGGAUGAUGAUGACAGUGACUAUGGUCACUCCAAGAAGAGAGGCAAGAAGGUGAUUAGACGAGGACGGCCGGAGAAGAAGGAGAAGAAAAGCCCCAAACCCCGACUAAAGGCUACAGUGACCCCCAGCCCAAUGAAAGGAAAGGGGAAGGGGCGCCCCAGCGCCAAGGCCCUGGAGAAGAGCUCACCCAAAGAGGAGGAAGAGGAGGACCCCGAGAGUCCCUUGGAGGAAGAGGAGGAGGAGGCAGAGAAGAAAGAGACCUCCCCCGCCCCCAAGACGACAAAGGAGGCCGCAGGAGGAGACGAGGAGGAUGAAGACGAAGAGGAGGAGGACGGCUCGGAAGAGGAGGCACCCUCUGGAGAAGACUAGAAGAUGGUACCCGCUGAAGCCCAUCCUCCAUGUCUCUCUCUGUCUCUUCUCAACGUUUUUGUUUUCUUUUGUUGCUCUGCGUUUAGAGUUGUUUUUGUUUUUUAUUUUGUUUUUUCUGUUUCUUUUUUUUU